UUUCGUUCUGAGGUGUCACCACAGUCAGUAACCCAGGAGUGCAAGAAAGCUGAAGGCCUCUUUGCUGGAAGACCUGUUGGUGUUGUUGACACUCCUGGGCUCUUUGACACAAAAGUAGGAAACCUGAAAACUGUUGAAAAGAUUAAGAAUGCCAUCCAGCAUCUCCCAGGAUUCCAUGCCAUCCUCCUGGUGAUGCAGCUGAGCCGAAUGACUGAGGAAGAGCAGGAAGUGGCUGAGUGGGUGGCCAAGAUAUUCAAUAUUGAAGCACAGAGGUACACAAUCCUGUUAUUCACCCGAGCAGAAGACCUGAAGCAUCCAGGAGACCUGAAGGAUUUCAUAGAAAACAGCCCACACCUCAAGGGUUUGGCAUGGAAGUGUGGAAAUCGGUACAUUGGAUUCAACAACAGAGCCACUGGGGAGGAGAGGGAUCGGCAGGUAGCAGAGCUCAUCAGGAUGAUUGAUGCCAUGGUAGAGCAGAAUCGUGAUGCUGCACAGUACACGCAGCCAAUGCUGGAGAAGGACAAACGCACCUUCUUUCAGAAGUUUUGUACCAUCCUGUAGGCUCGGUGUGGGAAGCCAUGCCUCCUCCGCUGUGCCGCCCGUGCUGUGCUCUGCAGACGACUCUGAAGUCGAAGGAGCUCUUUCCUCCUUCCUUGCUCGCAGUUCCCAUCCUUCCCCCCGCCCCGUGUGACCGCUUUCCCCACGAGCGUGCGCUGCCGAGUCGCUCCGCUCCGCCGCUCUGGGCUCCGCCGCGCUGCCGCUCUGCUGCCCCGGCCGCUGACACGGAGGAGCCGAGACCGAUGGCAACGCGGGGCUGCGAGAUGCGGCCCUCGGGCGAGGGCUCGGCGCGGA